UUGGCGCCAAAUCCAAGGGCUAUUUUUGCCUUCUUAAAUUUUUACGUAAAAUAGUUUUACAAAAUUAAAAUCCAAAAAAUAUGACUGAAGACACUGUUUCUGAUAAUCUCGCGAACUUGAAUCUCGGCGAGAAAAAACGCACGGAUUACCUGGACUGGAACGAAUACUUUAUGGCCACUGCCUUCCUGGCGGCCCGACGCAGCAAGGACCCCAACACACAGGUAGGUGCAUGCAUCGUGAACGAGGAGAACAAAAUCGUUGGCGUCGGAUACAACGGAUUUCCGAUCGGAUGCAACGACGAUGACUUCCCGUGGGGCAAAUCGUCCAACGAUCCGCUCGAUACCAAGUACGUGUACGUUUGCCAUGCGGAGAUGAAUGCAAUUCUGAACAAAAACAGCUCGGAUGUGAAAAACUGCACCAUAUACGUGGCGCUGUUUCCCUGUAAUGAAUGCGCCAAAAUCAUAAUACAGUCAAGAAUCAAGGAAGUCAUCUACAUGUCUGACAAGCACGCCCUUAAGAAAUCGACGAUAGCAUCGAAGAAGAUGUUUGAUGCCACCGGGAUUAAAUAUUGGCAGUUUGUGCCAAAGAAGAGCAAAAUCGUUAUUGACUUUUCGGAAAUAGAUUGGGACAAUCUGAAUCAACUACCGGCGACUCCUCCAUCCAAGAAGAGCAACGGCGUUGUGCGGUGCUUAAAUACUGAAUAAACGACUUUUAUCGUAAACAGUGAUAAUUUAUUGUUUAUUAAAUCUCUCUGCUAUAAAUAGUAUGUUAAUAUGUCAUUAGGAUUUAUACAAUGAAGAAAA